UACUACCUGAUAAUGUAAUACACCAUGACCUGCCCAUCCAAGGAAACAGCUGAUCACAGUUGUGUAGACAGAAUCGCAGGCUCGCUGGCCCAACCGCCCAUGGCUCCAAGCUUUCGGAUACGAUCAAGUGAGAAGUCAACCGAACAGCUCACCGACACAGCAUGGCCUGGAGACAAUGUAGAGAGCUCCGGCAAGCUCACUUUUCCUUGUGCCAUGAGCCAAGAAGAUGCCUCUUCCUUCAAGAGAGAAGCUGAAGCUCGAGUAGCAGACGAUGAAGAGGAGGGCCGGCGAUUCCGCUCCGGUUCGUCGGUCACCGACCUCUCGAGCAACGCGUCGUCGAUUAACUACCGCAAGGCGCGGCAGGGCAAGAUCGGCGGGGACGGCUUCUGGUGCGGCGUCCUGUGCAUGUACCUGCCGGGCCUGUCCAGGAGGCGGUCGAUGCAGCAGCAGCAGUCCAUGAGCCUGAGCGAGGCGAACACGGCCGGGCCUGCCGGGGACCGUUCGAGCACGGUGUCGAAGGUGGCCUCCAUGGAGAGGUUCAAGUACAGCUCGUCGUCCUCGGGCGCCGCGUUCGAGCGCACGGGCGCGAGCGAGGAAGAAGAGGAGGUGUCGGCGUACUUCGACCUGCCGCUGGAGCUUCUGAGGAUCAGCAGCGUUGACACGGAGUCGCCGGUCACGGCGGCGUUCGUCUUCGACGGCAACCGCGGCCGGAGCGCCAAGAAGAUCGUGCCUGAGAUCCCGGACCUCGAUUUUAGCUUCCCCGCGCCGCCGGUUUUCUCGAAUCCUUCGUCGCCAAGGUCUUGAAAGUUGAAACUAUCAGAGAGGAGGUGCUCAAUAUCCUGCAACGCGUUGCGCUUUCGGUGUUCCACUUUUUUCUUGCUGCUGAUGUCUGGUGUCUGGUGUCUGGGGCACGUAGGUUAAGGUCGUAAAAUUGUCUGCUGAUUAGGUCAAAUUAUGCGAUUCUAUAUUCGA